CUGUGAAUUUUAAUUGGAAAAUGAUUAAUGGUUUGUAGUGGUACAUGUUUGUUGCUGUCUAGCAUUUUGUUAAAGAUAAGUUAGAAAGGUCGAUAUUUGAUUAUGUCGGGGGAAGUUGGGUGCAGAAGAAGCACGAGAUGCAGAGAGAAAAAAGAGUUUCUAUGCAGCGCAAAUUGGUUAGGAGAAGGGAGCAAAGGUUAUCAGUGCAAGGAGCGAUUUGAAGACAGUGAGAAAUUGUUUAGGCAUUUGUUCGAUGCUAAAUAUGAUACUUUAUGUCCCGGAAUUCGAGGAAAAAUUGAGCAAGGGUUAUCCGUACGUGGUGAAAAGAUCGUGGAGAAACGGGAAGAAUUCAACUUUUUCAGAAAGUUGCUUAGUUGCUUCAAGCCGGUGAUGCCGGAGCCGAUCAGUUUUUUUGAUCAUAUGGUCAGAAGUUUUUUGAGAGGAGCAGGACUGGAGAAAAGAGUGGUUUAUUUUGGAGUUGAAUCGCUAAGAUGGGUGACAACGUUUGGUGAUGUUAAAGGCAAUUUUGGUGAAAUUAUUGGUGUGCCGGGUUUGGGUGAUUUGGAGGCAUCUCAGUGGAUUCGUGAUGCGGAAUGUGUGUUGGUGCCGUUUUACACAAAGUCUGAAUUUGGUUCACAUGGGAGUUUGGUUAUUGUGGGAGAAAAGGGUUGUCAUAAUUUUUGUUCUUCUGGGCUUUGUCAUAAAGAUGAGUGGGUGAAAUUUGUGAAAGUAUUAUUUGGUGAUAAUGUACUGAACAACCCAAAAAUGGGAAAGUGGUUGAGAAUGGAACAGAUGCUGAAGGUGGAUGUUCAGAGUAUAUUAGUAUGCAUGGAGUAUGGCUGUGGAUUAGUGAUGCUGUACCUUAUUAAGCAGUUUUUGUUUAAUCUGACUGAUGGAGAGUUGGACGUGAGCAAUUAUGCAGAAGAUGUGCGAACGAAGUUUGUAAGCUUUUGUAACGAAAUGGAAAAAGCGGAAGAUGAAGGCCAUGAGAGAAAGCCAAAGCGAUUGUUGGGAAAAUUUGUUACUGGGUGUGGGCUUGGGCCUUUUAAGACUCGUUGGCAGACAAAAUAUUACGAAGAAGUGCGCGCAUGUGUUGGUAAUUGGGCGUGUACUGGACCGGAGAGGAUCAUUGCCGUGAAGGCAUUUGGUGGCAUGCGAUUUUUUCUUGUGAAACACUUGGGUUAUUCGAACGACUGCAAUACAUAUGUUCCGGAGUUUUGCGUUCCAGAGGAUAUGAUUGAGAAUUUUUUUGCUGAACUGGAGAAACCGAGAAAGCGACGGAAGAUUUAACGUUUAA